AUGCCUCGUGCCGAUGACUUGCGCCGCCUGGCAACUGCGGCCUUGCGCCAUGGGCUUCCGCGCACAGGCUUCUCCGCGCAAAGCGCGCAAAGCUCGCAAAGCUCGCUCCGCCUUCCCAGCAACGGCCUUCCGCCGCCUGGCCUCUGCCCCGCACCGAUCUCCCCCCCUCUAGCCGAACCGCCCGUAGCCUCCGCCGGAGCUCCCGCAUCAGUGCACCCGCCGCCGCGCAUUCUUCCUGCCGCGCGGCGUUUCCUUUCCUGCCGAUACGCAUCCACCUCCGUCCAUUCGACCUUCUCCGCUUCCCCCGCCGCUUCUCCCGCCGCAUUAGCCGCCGGAUCUGCCGCCGCGACGAAACCCAUCGAAGUAUCCGGCGCCGAUUCGCUAUUGCUUAGCUUGGGGCUGAAACCGCUCCCGCUUUUUCCGGGCAGCCCGUCGCUAGGAAAAGAAUCUUCUGCCUCGCAAAAUCAAACUGAAUUCACUUCAGAGGGCUCUCAGGAAACCGACGCGAAGGUUCUGAAGCAAGUGGAAGUUAAGAAGCGGCGCAAGCAGAAUCUGGCGGAUAUCCUAUGGCGGCGACCGGCGUGGGGCCAAGGCGUUAGGGUGGCGAAGCGGCAUUGGCAGGAAGGCACCUUCUACGAAGUUUCGCGAGUUCAAAUAGCCAAGACGGGACGCACAGCAACAGUGUGGGGGAUAUUUCACCAGGAGGGGGUUCCAAUGGCAGCAGAGGCGCGCAUAGGGGGGGCGAAUAAGCCAUGCUGGAAAGCAGUGAGAGAGGCCAAAUUGGCCGUUGCGGGAAUCGGCGUGGCACUCGCCAUCGUGUCCUGCUGCUACAUGGCCGACAACUACCUCGUCAUCUCCCACCCUACCCUCUGCAGCGGCGUGUCGAACGCGACCCUCUGCUCGCAAGAGUUCCGCGCAGCACGCAGGCAACUCAGCGUUAUCCCGCAAACCGCGGACCAAGUCACGGCCGCCAUGGUCUCCGCGGUGGCGGCGCAAGUCUCCGCGAUCAUCGAUGCCGCCGCGGAGAUCAAGCGCGCCAACGUGAGGCAGAAUCACUUCAUCAAUGUCGUGGCGGACGACUGCAGCACGCAGGGCGGCAUCGCGCUGCGCUACCUGGGCCGCACGUUGGACGCGAUCGACACGGACAGCGCGCAGCACGAUCGCGCGUUCUGGCUGUCCGCCGCCAGUACGCAAGUGGGCAACUGCGUCGACGGGUUCAAGACGCUUGCACCCUCAGCCACGUUCCAGCCGGCAUUCGUGCAUCUCGAGACCGUCGCCAACAAGGCGAGCGACACGCUCGAAGCCGUGGUCGCUAUCGCCAAAAAGGCUGCAGCAGGCCCGCCCGAGUUGGGUCGCAAGCUCGCGUCGUCCGAGCCCGCUGAUGUCGCAGGAGGCGCCAAGUGGCUGGACGACGACUUUGUCGCACAGCUGCGACAGCUUCAGGCGGAGCUGAACGCCCUGGGCGACGGCGUUCACGACUACGUCGCACGGCGGGAGCUGCGACGCCGUCACGACGACGACGACGAUGAUGAUGACGACGACGAGGAUAAGAAGGACAAGAAGAGCAAGAAGAACAAGGGCAGCAGCGGCGGCAGCGGCGGCGGCAGCAGCAAGAGCAAGAACAAGAACAACAAGAGUAAGGGGAAGAGCAAGGGCAGCGGCGUGAAACCCGCUUCAGGUCCCAUUCGCGCGAGCAAGGGCCUGAAGGCCAACGCCGUCGUGAAAGGGAAGAUCCAGUCCGCGAUUGACGCCGCUCCCGGCGGCAGCCAAUACGUGAUCUACAUCCCCGCCGGCACCUACAGGGAGCAGGUCGUCAUCGACACCCCCGAUAUUAUCCUUAUCGGGGCCGGCGCCGGCGCUACCGUGAUCACGUACGACGAGAGCUACGGCAGCGGGUCGAGCACGUUCGAUUCAGCCACGGUCGGGGUGAACAGCGACCGUUUUGUCGCGUUCGGAAUCAAAUUCGUGAACACUGCCGGCCCCGAGAACCACCAGGCUGUAGCGUUCCGCGCUACAGGCGACCAGUCGGCGGCGAUCGACUGCGCGUUCGAAGGGUCGCAAGAUACGCUGUACGUGGACGCGGGGCGGCAGUUCUACUCCAACUGCUACAUCGGCGGCACGCAAGACUUCAUUUUCGGCGACGCGGCGGCCGUCAUUCAGAACGCGAAGAUCCAGCUGCAUCCCAGCAAGUCGUUCAUCACGCUCACCGCGUCGGGCCGCGCCAAGGACACGCCGACGGGGAUCGUGAUUCGCGACUCGGUGGUGAGCGCGGACAAGGGCGCGGCGAAGGCGUACCUGGGGCGGCCGUGGAAGAAGUGCGCGUUCACGGUCUUCGUGAACGUCGUGCUGCCGGCCGUCAUCCAGCCGGACGGGUGGCUGUCGUGGAACGAGGGCAGCUGCAUGUUUCUGGCGGAGGCCGGCAGCAAGGGCCCGGGCGCCAAGGGGUCGCGCGCCGACUGGGUGGACCCUGGGAUCAUCUCCAACGGCGCCUCCUACACCGCCGCUGCGUUUGCUGAAGUCAACUCCUGGCUCAUCCUCUCCUGA